CCCUCUGCAACUCUUUCUCUCUCUAAAACCUCUCUCAGCCCUCUCUCUCUCUCUUUUGCCUCUCUCCCUCUCCUUAACGCCGUCAAGUCCAUAUUCCCUCCUGCUCCGGCCAAAAUUAGGGUUCCGUUCGUACCAGCUCCUCCUCAAAGAUCAGCAGAGGAAACUCUCUCUGAAGGUAAGCUUCUUUCAAUGAACGCUUGUAUUUUGGGUUAGGAUUGGGGUUUUAUGUUGCUCCUUACACGAAUGGAGCGCUCUGGUUAGGGUUUCCAAACCAUUGUUACAUCCCCCCUCUGGUGCUCUGUUUUCCGUGCUUUGUUCUCUGCUCUCUUUUCUCGUUUGUGGGGUGUCUUUCUGUCGGUUUCAGCGAUGGUAAGCUACGUUUAGGGUUUCCCAACCAUUAAGAGCCUAGCAUUACGCCUGAACUCAAGCUGUCGAAGCCUUUUGAACCUCUCUCUAAUGGCAAACCAUGAAUUAGGCCGAGCUCAGGGCCAUGACCUCGCCCUAGGUCAAGACCAUGACCUAACUGUGGGCUCCGACCACCACAUGACCAUUGCACCUGACCAUGAGCUCCCUGACCAUGAACUCGAUCAUGCCCAUGAGCUAUCCGUCGGGCCUCAGGGCCACGAAGACCUCUCUGUGGUUCACGGCCAGGCCCAUGGGGACCUCGUGUCUGCCCAGUCCCAUGAGCUUGCCAUUGAGGCUGUUCAACAAGUAACCCCCGUUCAACCAAGGAUAAGCAGUCUUGAUUUAGCAAUUGCCCAAAACCAUGACCUUACAGUUGGUCAAGAAUUCCCUGAUGUUAAAGCUUGUCGGAGGGCUCUUAGAGAUGCAGCAAUUGCUCUCCAUUUCGAGAUACAAACUGUGAAAUCAGACAAAACUAGGUUCACUGCUAAGUGUGCUAGCGAAGGUUGUCCAUGGAGAAUUCAUGCCGCUAAAUUACCUGGAGUACCCACCUUCUCAAUACGAACAAUUCACGAAGGUCAUACUUGUGGUGGGAUAACUCAUUCAGGUCAUCAACAAGCUUCAGUUGCUUGGGUUGCAAACUCGGUUGAAGAACGGUUAAGAGAAAACCCUAGUUAUAAACCCAAAGAGAUUUUAGAGGAUAUUCAUAGGAGUUAUGGGAUUACCCUCUCGUAUAAGCAAGCAUGGCGUGGAAAAGAGAGGAUUAUGCAAGCAGUUCGAGGUUCUUUUGAAGAAGGUUAUAGGCUUCUCCCUGCUUAUUGUGAACAGAUUAGGAGGACUAAUCCAGGGAGUAUAGCUGCGGUGUAUGGAAACCCAGUCGAUAAUUGCUUUCAGAGACUGUUUGUUUCGUUCCAUGCUUCAAUUUAUGGGUUUGUGAAUGCUUGUAGGCCUUUGCUUGGGCUUGAUCGCACGCUUUUGAAGAGCAAGUAUUUGGGUACUCUUCUUUUUGCGACUGGUUUUGAUGGGGAUGGUCAGCUUUUUCCACUGGCUUUUGGGGUUGUUGAUGAAGAAACUGAUGAUAAUUGGAUGUGGUUUUUGUCGGAGCUUCACAAUUUGCUUGAGGUGAACACUGAGAACAUGCCUAGGCUCACGAUCUUAUCUGACAGGCAAAAGGGGAUAGUAGACGGUGUCGAGGCCAAUUUUCCUACUGCUUUUCAUGGGUUUUGCAUGCGCCAUUUGAGUGAGAGCUUUCGCAAAGAAUUCAACAAUUCAACGCUUGUCCACCUCCUUUGGGAUGCUGCCUAUGCGCUUACUGUGAUUGAAUUCGAGGCCAAAAUUGUUGAAAUCGAAGAGAUUUCAGCUGAUGCUGCCUAUUGGAUUAGGCGAAUUCCCCCUCGUUUAUGGGCCACCGCCUAUUUCGAGGGGACCCGAUUUGGUCACCUUACAGCAAACAUCACAGAGUCAUUGAAUAGUUGGAUCCUUGAGGCGUCAGGUUUGCCUAUAGUUCAGAUGAUGGAGUGUAUUAGAAGGCAACUCAUGACUUGGUUUAAUGAGCGGAGAGAGACUAGCAGUUCAUGGGUAAGUAUACUUGUUCCCUCUGCUGAGCGCCGAGUAGCUGAUGCUCUAGAUCGAGCUCGUAGCUACCAGGUCUUGCGAGCCAAUGAAGCUGAAUUUGAAGUUAUAUCACAUGAAGGGACCAACAUAGUGGACAUAAGGAAUCGUUGUUGCCUUUGUAGAGGGUGGCAGCUGUAUGGUUUGCCUUGCUCUCAUGCUGUUGCUGCUCUCUUGUCUUGUCGGCAAAAUGUGCAUCGGUUUACUGAGAGUUGCUUCACUGUGGCAAAUUAUCGGAAGACUUAUUCACAAACUAUACACCCAGUACCUGAUAAGACCCUGUGGAAAGAGUUAUCAGAGGGGUCUCAAAAUGGGGUGGCCAAUGCAGUUGAAAUUUCAAUAAACCCUCCGAAAUCUCUUCGACCGCCAGGCCGACCACGGAAGAAGAGGAUUAAGGCUGAAGAUCGUGGGAGAGUGAAGCGAGUGGUGCAUUGCAGCCGGUGCAAUCAGACUGGGCAUUUUAGGACCACGUGUACGACGCCAAUUUAGGGUUCUUUAGUAGUCUUUUUUAUGGGUAAUUGGGGUAUGCUUAAAUUUUUUUUGAACUUUUUUGGGUUUCUCUUCUUCCUUUUUUCCUGUGAAAAAUUAGGGGUGCUCCAUGUAAUUGGAACUUGGAUUAGCUUAGUAUAUGGAAUUUAAGGUUCCUCUUCGUUCUCACUGAUAUCCCAUGGGUGUUUUUCAAAUUUAUACAAGGAACCGAGCAUAAUUGAGCACUUGA